GAGUCCGUCCGUCUGAGUGGAGGCGCCGCGGCCAUGGUGCUCGAUCUGGAGACAGGAGAGGGGUCACAGAGGGCGAACACGAUAUGAUCGACACAGUUCACAUGUCGAUCACGAUAUGACACGGUAACGUCCAGCCGGGUGACGCGUGGUUAUCCUCAGUCUGCCGCGGCACAACUUUCUAAGGCCGCUCUAGUGUUUAGGUGAAGCUGUUUGUGGCUGUUAGCCAAGUCAUCUGUGAGGGAACACAGAGGGUCUCGGGGACUGGAGUCUGUUCUAGCUCACGCUGGAAUUUGUGGAAGCAUGAUGUGGGAUGGAUAAACAACAACGAAACUCCACUAUGGCCUCUAAUGACCCUGACCUUCCUGUCCCCUCUGGUGACCCCCAGCCUGGUGACCUCAUUGAGAUCUUCAGACCAGCCUAUCAGCACUGGGCUCUCUACCUGGGAGAUGGUUACAUCAUCAACUUAACUCCUGUUGAUGAGAGCCAGGCAGCCGCCAUGUCCAGUGUGAAGUCUGUCUUCAGCAGGAAGGCAGUGGUGCGCAUGCAGCUGCUGAAGGAGGUGGUGGGAAGUGACUCAUACCGUGUCAACAACAAGUAUGACCACAACCACACACCUCUGCCCACCUGUGAAAUCAUCCAACGAGCACAAGUCCUCAUUGACCAGGAGGUGUCUUACGACCUGCUGGGGAGCAACUGCGAGCACUUUGUUACCCUACUGCGCUACGGGGAGGGGGUGUCCGAGCAGGCUACACGGGCCAUUGGGGCCAUCAGUUUGGUGACGGCAGCAGCCAGUGCCUUCUCCGUCCUGGGACUGAUCAACACGCGGUCCAGAAACAGGCCUUUCUAACAGCUGUGUUCUUCACUGAAGGGUCGGGGUCUCCAAACAUUAAUGCCCCUGGGAUAAAUUAAAUUAAAAUAAAGCAUUGAUGAAAAUACAAA